CCUCGGUCAUUGCGCGGGUCGUGCGUAGGAGUGAACCCGCAGUUUAGUGCUGACUGUGGUUAACAGAUCAUCUGCCAGCAGCACCAUUGUACCAGAGCGCAGCUGUCACCAUUACUUAAUCCGCAUUGGUUUGCAGCAAAAAAACAAAUUGAGCAAGACAACUGAACAGCGCUGAACCCCAGCGCCCUGUCCAUCGAUUCAGAACGGUCAGGGUGGACUUUGCCCACCAUUUUUUUUGCCACUUUUGAAGAAUGCACUAAGAGGAUACGCUAUUUGGAACAUGUUACUGGGAAAAUUGGCAGUUGUUCUCUUCGCACUCCUUGCGGGAUCCAGUGUUAGUGUGGCAUAUGUCUUUCAAGCAAGUGGACCUGGAGAAGAUGCGGGAUCUCCGCCCCAAACCAAAACUCUCUCAGACUCCCUGUGGGUUAGCUCCGCAGGAUCAUGUAAGGGCAGAUGUUUUGAAUUGGAGGAAGCUUUACCGCCAGGUUGCAGAUGUGACAACUUGUGCAAAACCUACUACAGCUGCUGCUCAGAUUUCGACGAGCACUGUUUAAAAACAGCGGGGAGCUUUGAGUGCAGUGAAGAUCGCUGUGGGGAGACGAGAAACGAUGACCACGCUUGCCACUGCUCAGAAGACUGUCUGGCCAGAGGAGACUGCUGCACCAACUACAAAGCCCUCUGCAAAGGAGACACUAAAUGGGUGGACGAUGAGUGUGAGGAGAUCAGAGGCCCUGAAUGUCCUGCAGGUUUUAUCCGUCCUCCUCUGAUCAUGCUGUCGGUGGAUGGGUUCCGGGACUCCUACAUGAAGAAGGGCAAAGCGGUGAUCCCCAACAUGGAGAAACUGAGAACAUGUGGCACUCAUGCACCCUACAUGCGACCAGUGUACCCCUCCAAAACUUUCCCCAAUUUGUAUACUCUUGCCACGGGGCUAUAUCCCGAGUCUCAUGGAAUAGUGGGCAACUCCAUGCAUGACCCCGUGUUUGACGCCAACUUCAGCCUGAGGGGGAGGGAGAAACUGAACCACCGCUGGUGGGGUGGCCAACCCAUCUGGAUCACUGCAGAGAAGCAAGGGGUGAAGGCAGGAACCUUCUUCUGGCCGUGGGUGAUUCCACUGGAGAGGAGAAUCCUGACCAUCCUGCGUUGGCUUAGUCUUCCUGACGAUGAGAGGCCCUAUGUAUACGCUGUCCACUCAGAGCAGCCCGACACAUUUGGACACAGACUGGGACCCUUCAGCAACGAGUUGGACAACCCCCUGAGGGAGAUUGAUAAUGUCAUUGGUCAGCUGAUGAACGGCCUGAAGCAGAUGAACCUACACCGCUGCGUUAACGUCAUCGUCGUUGGAGACCAUGGAAUGGAGGAGGCCCACUGUGAAAGGACUGAGUUCCUCAGUACCUAUCCUGUGAACGUGGACGAGAUCAAUCUGAUCCCUGGAUCUCUUGGGAGAAUCCGGGCCCGGGAUCCCAAGUCAACCACCUACGACCCAAAAGUAGUUGUGGCAAAUCUUACAUGUAAAAUGCCAACCCAGCACUUUAAGCCUUACUUGAAACAACACCUCCCAAAACGGCUUCACUACGCCAACAACCGCAGAAUUGAGGAUGUCCACUUACUCAUGGAGAGAAAGUGGCACAUUGCCAAGAAAGUGCCUGAAAACAGGAGGAAUCCUGGGAGAUGUGGUUUCUUUGGUGACCACGGAUUUGACAAUAAGAUCACCAGUAUGCGGACAAUCUUUUUGGGCUACGGACCAAGCUUUAUGUUCCAGACAAAAGUCGCAGAAUUUGAAAGUAUUGAGUUGUACAAUGUCAUGUGCGACCUCCUGGGCUUGACCCCUGCCCCUAACAAUGGAACCCAUGGCAGUCUGAAUGACAUGCUGAAAGCCCCUCCUUUCACACCCACCAUGCCAGAGGAAGUGACCCCUCCCACCAGCUCUGACACAUCCUCUGCCACAACCUACAACCUCGGAUGUAGCUGUGACAAUGAGAACAAAGUGGAGGAGAACAAUCAGAGAUUCAGCCCAGACGUAGAUGACGCCACACACCUACCCUUCGGUCGACCAGCAGUUCUUUUCCAAACGACGUAUAGCCUCCUCCUCCACAGUGACUUCAUCAGUGGGUACAGCCAGGAGCUCUCCAUGCCCCUAUGGACGUCAUUCACAGUGCCCAAACAAGAAGAAGUCAUGCCCCUCCCUGAGCCUGAGCCAGUGAUUGAGUGUGUGAGAGCAGACAUGCGGGUCGCUCUAGAACACAGCCAGGCCUGCACCACCUACAGCCAGGACACUGAUGGCUCCUAUGGCUUCCUCUAUCCACCAGAGCUGGCCAUGUCUUCUGAAUCAAAAUAUGAUGCAUCACUGAUCACGAACACUGUUCCCAUGUACCCUGCGUUCAAAAAAGUAUGGAGGUACCUCCAGGGGACUCUUCUCAAGCGCUACGCAGAGGAGAAUAACGGCAUAAACGUGGUCACCGGUCCCAUCUUUGACAACAACUACGAUGGCCACCGGGACACCACAGUGAAAAUCAAAGAGUACGCCGGAGUCUCGGCUCCGGUCCCAACCCACUACUACGUAGUGAUCACCAACUGUCAGGAUGUCAACCAGACGGCCGAGGCAUGUGAUGGCCCCCUCAAUGUCUUCUCCUUCCUCUUACCCCACCGCUCAGAUAAUGAUGAGAGCUGCAAGAGCUCAGACGACGAGUCGCAGUGGGUGGAGGAGCUGCUGAUGUUGCACACAGCGCGGGUCAGAGAUGUGGAGAUCCUCACAGGGCUGGACAUGUACCGCUCCACCACCAUGAACUACACCCAGACCCUCUCCCUCAAGACCUUCCUGCACACCUUUGAGAGUGACACCUAAAACAGACACACACAGACUCACUCUUACUGUAUCUCUGUAUUGUUUUCACUCUCUUCUCAAUCUUGUUACUGUGUUUCACUUCCCCUCUCUGUCUCUCCCCUCUCUGUCCUACUGGGCACAGACACCAAUUCAACGUCUACUCCACAUUGGUGCAACGUCAUUUCAUUGAAAUUAUGUGGAAACAACGUUGAUUCAACCAGCGUGUGCCCAGUGGGGUCUCUCUCUCUCCCCAGUACAUCUCUGAUCUUUAGGUGUAUAUUUGUAUACAAUUUGUCAUAUUUAUUAGGUAGAAGAUAUUAAUGCUACCACUUAGUCACACUAAUUCAGAGAGCUCUUGUGUAGAAGUGGAAUUAAACUUUUGCUGUGUGUGGUUCGAGAGAAAGUGUUGUGUCGUGAACGGAGUGUUUGUUUGGGGAAGUGGAGUAAUGGGUUGGAUUAGGUAAUGGGCCCUUUGGUUGCAGGAAGAUGAUUUCAUAUCUCUUAAUGCCGCACAGUGAUGAUGUACUAUAGCCUGAAGUAUCUGUGUAAUUCGUGUGAAGACUUUACUGCCACCUCCUACACCUACAUAAGGAUGACAGAGCAAAUGUUAUACAGUCGAGGCAUCAACGGCAACUUGCUGUAAUACUUUAUUGGUGACACAAAGCGCUGUUCAGGUUAGCUAACAGGCUAGUGCAUUGGUGUUAUAAGUGCUAAGUCAGUUGUUAUAAGAUCUUAUAACUGUGUUAUAACAUAACUUUAACAACUGGUAUAUGAUGUUUAUGACAGUGUUACGUUGGCCUUAUGACAGUGGAGUCAAGUGCAAUGAUUGGCUGUUUGGCAUUGAGCGUACUGUAUUAAAUCUAUUACUGAUGACGGCCCUGCUGGCAGCACACUUAACUCAGUCAAAGUCAUAGAGAUUCAUCACAAUUAACAAUCAUUUUCAUUUCACUUAGUACAAGCUCCAUUGACGGCCUCGAAUAGUUGAUAUGUAUGUUGAUGGUAUCUGGAUAUGUUUUCCCCUUCUAAAUUGUGUAUUAUUAGCAUGUGGCAAGGUUCUGAUCAGAAUCAAUUCUUAUAAUAUUGCAGAUGACCAUUUGAGUCAUUUUUGCCACCGUAACCAUUCAAUCAGUAUGUAUGUUAUGUAUAGAGAAAUUUGAGAGCACCAUCUUGUCAAUCAUUUAACCUUGGCUGUAGUAUUUGGAGUAAGACCAAAACGCUAAGAUUAAAAGGUGUGUUUUCUAAUGCUA